UACUUCUUACAGAAACCAUGGCUGAAACUCUUCCUCCUGUUGCAAAGGUAGAAACAGUUUUCAAGUCAGUUCAAGAACUGGCAAACAGCAAUCAAAUUCCAGAAAAGUAUAUUCAUACACAAGGCUCAAUCAAUACAUUUCCUCCACUGCUGGAUGUACCAGAAGUUGAUCUUAGUCUUAUCAUUUCAUCAUCCCAUUCCCCCGCCCGCGAACAAGAGCUCAACAAACUUCAAUCCGGUCUCAAGUCUUGUGGCUGUUUCCAGGUCAUAAAUCAUGGAAUAGCAGAUUCAUUUCUUGACAAAGUGCGUGAUAUUAGCAAACAGUUCUUUGCACUUCCAACUGAAGAGAAGCUUAAAUAUGCCAGAACAGUCGAUGACAUUGAAGGAUACGGAAAUGAUUCAGUUCUUUCAGAAAAGCAAACACUUGAUUGGACCGACAGAUUGUAUCUAAAUGUGAUGCCUAAAGACAUAAGGAAACUCCAAUUCUGGCCCCAAAAACCUGAAUGUUUUAGGGAAGUUUUUGAAGAAUAUAUCAAGAAUAUGAAGCUGUUGAGUGAGUCCCUCCUAAAGGCCAUAGCUACGUCAUUGAACUUGGAGGAGAACUGCUUUCUGGACCAGUGUGGAGAACGAGGAAUGAUGGUUGCACGAUUCAACUUCUAUCCUCCAUGCCCAAGGCCUGAUGUUGUACUCGGAGUCAAACCACAUGCUGAUGGAUCAGCCAUUACUCUCCUGUUGCAAGACAAAGAAGUUGAAGGGCUUCAAGUUCUAAAAGAUGAUCAAUGGUUUAGAGUGCCCGUUGUCCCAUAUGGUAUCCUCAUUAAUGUUGGAGAUCAAGUUGAGAUUAUGAGCAAUGGCAUUUUUAAGAGCCCCGUGCACAGGGUGGUGACGAACACAGAAAGAGAAAGAAACACUCUUGCUGUUUUCAUUAUGCCAGAUGUAGAUGUUGAGAUUGGACCAGUGGAAAAACUUAUCAAUGAGGAAACGCCGAGAGUGUACAAGAACAUUAAGAAUUAUGGUGAACUCUUCUUCCAAAACUAUCAGCGCGGGAGAAGACCUAUAGAAGCAGCAAUGAUAUGCAAAGAACUCGAUAGCUGAUAACAAAAAGCUAAGAGAGCAUCAAUUUCAGUUCCUUCUUUCUCGAUUUGUAUUUUAAUUCGUAAUUUUUUCAACACUGUCUAAUUUUUCUUCUGUUUAGUACCACUUUCUUUCAAUAAUAGAAGUAUGAGUUUAAGUUACAUACACCUGCAGUAUAAAGAAAUUUUGCACUAUCAGGUCACCGAAAGGAUAUUUACACGUAAGUCUCCUUAAAAUAUGGGAUUUGUAAUCUUGAAAACAAGAUAGGUUAUUUGCUAUAGCAUGUAAGGUGACCUGAUGGUGUAAAAUGUUCUUACACUGACGGUGUAUAUAACUUAAACUCUAGAAGUAUAUAUUUCUCUCUAA